GAGGACACAAAAAGGCAGAACCGUGUGUUUGCUUCCGGACAACCAUUCCGAGCCGUCCUUGCGCCCGCCCUCAUGCCAUCUGAGCCAGGACUGCCGUCAGAGGCGACAAAUACCCCAACAACGGAUUUAUUUAUCUCGAAUUUCCAUUCACGACAGCCGGGCUCUCCAUUACAAGUCAAGUCAAGAUCACAAAGCCCCGCUUCACCCACCGUCUCUCUCGAGUGCCCCCAAGGUCUUACAUAUCUGGAUUGGGUUAAACAAUGGUCUGAUACGCAUGUUGCUCGUUGGCUCGCCGAUGCCAAAGUUCCUCAGUACGCGUCUCGCUUUAAAGAUCACGAUAUUCGCGGGGACGUUAUUCUUGAUUUGGAUCAAAGCGCGUUGAAGGAAACUGGCGUGCUUAGCGUUGGUGACCGAAUAAAGAUCAUAGUCGCCAUAAAGGCGCUGCGCCAGAGAUGCAUGAGGGUUCAAUCACCGGCUCCUACUCUACUGCAUCCACGAGUCAUUGCCGACCUAAGUGCGAAAGAUUCGAAAGAUCCCGGCGUUAGCAAACAGAAUGGCCGACGUUUAGAUACGGGGAGACCCCCUCCUUUGCACAUCUCAGACUCUCCACCACAGAAUUUCCCUCAGGUGAUUCAAACUUCCCAUGGAAUGCCAACACCUGUCGGCGCAACCUCCACUCGUUAUACCACAUCAUCCUCCGGGUCAUCCGCGACACCACCUCAAGCUCCUCAGCUUAGUGCACGCGGGAACCUUCCUCCUCAAAUGCCAGCGCCACGUUUCCAACCCCCUCCACCCCCUCGACAAUCCUCUCGCAAUGGCCUUAAUGGCACUGGCGCUCAUCCUGGAAGGAGAACGCCUGAACCACACGCCCCACCCCCCUUCACUCGCGGAGAACUUCCUCCCGCUCCAACAUCAUCUAAUGGGUCUUGGCAACCAGGAGAACCUGCACUUCCAGCCCGUCCCAAUCCCGGAAACCUACCAGGAGGCGCAUUUGCAAAGGUUCUAGAUCCAAGAAACGCACCUAUACCUCGUUCAAACUCUCCUGUACCACCGAUACCUAUUCGAUCAAGUUCGACCCGAGCUUCACACCAGAAAGCGGGCUCCACGUCUUUCGUCAGACCUGUCGCCCCUCCGAACCAACCUGGUGUCACUCGUCCAGGGACGUCUGGCGAUAUACCAGUCUCCCACUCUCACCCAUACGGUGUCGGAAAUUCAAUCACUCUGCCCUCUCUUCAUGUGCCGACCUCGAAUCUAGCGAACGGCUUCACAUUGAGUCCUAUUGUUGAGAGAAAUAAUCUUCAAGAUCGUGAUGAUUCAAAGGAUGCUGCGAAUGGUCACAGUCGCGGUUUGCUGAGCAAGGCACCAUCGAAUGCUUCAGGCGCACCAAUGUCUUUAGAGGAGCUAAAGCGUCGUUGUGUGAAGUUUAUACUUGCGGACGACGGUCAUUCAAGGGUAGUCAAUGUAGGGGACUGUUCCAAUGGUGUUGAUGUAGUGGAAAUGGUCCUGAGGAAGAUGGGUAAAUCCAUGGGGGGCCAAGCGUACGUGGGCCAAACAGAGAAUGGAGGUCUGGUCGUUGAUGGUUGGGUCGUCUAUUUGGAAGGACCAGGCAACACCGGGCCUCGACAACCAUUGAGUGAGGCUGAACUUCUGGCAGUUUGUCAAGCGGAUCCUUCAAAUCCGGCCAGAGAACACGGUCUGACUCUCCGAAGGUAUAAUCCACCAAGAAAAAAUACGAACAAACUCGAGAACUUCUUUGGCGAGAUCCCUCCCACCAAUGUUACCCAAAUUUCGCCUACCAGCCCUGGCAAACCGGUUGUCGCCGUUACUCCACGACCCGUCUUAGCAAUCCCAGAUAGUGAUGAGCCGCACCACCCUAUGGGCCAAUCUGCUGCGAACAAGAAACUCGCGCGAGCUAGUACAGUCAGUGUCAUGUCGGGUCUGGGUAUACUUCCACCGGACAUCACUACAUCGCCGUCGAAACAAUCCCCUUCCACUUCAUUGCGACCCAGCCCGCAACAGAGCAAGCUUCGCCGCUUCUUUGGUGCUCGACCUCCAUCGGAACUUAUCACCUCUCAUCUUGGAGAGUUCUUCCCUAAUACAGAGAAGCGAGUAUUGGAUCGGACGGUGAGAAACAGCAUACUUCGUGCAAGUUCAUCAACGAAACGUGACAGCGUGCGGUCUUCUUGGACCUCGUCCAUCUAUCCUGGACAGCUUCCGCGACGCUCGACUUCUCCGGGUCGAUCACUCCUUAGUGAUUCGCCACGUCCUUCUAUGUCUCGUCGGCGCCCUCCCGGUGCCUCGCGCCUUUCUGAGUCUGAAGAAAGCGUCGUCCCUAGAGUAUCUGUUUCAACAGAUGGCGGCCAAUCCGAAGACGACAACACUUCGCGAACAUCUGUAUCUUUUGCAGAUGAACCUUCCACACCACAUGUCCUUCCUCCAGUUCAGUUCGGGACAGAGUCGCUGUCCGACUCGCUUCUCCCAUCUCUCAAUCAGAAUAGCUUCCUUCGGGCAAGCACUGCGAAAUCACGAAGAGCGAGCAAACGAUUGAGUACGAUGACCGUCGAUGAGAUCACGGCGGAAGUUCAAAAUCGAGAACUUAGUGUUAUCAAUGACAACGAGGAAGGGGACACCACCGUCGGUGACCAAACGUUAGUGGAUGAGGGGGAGAAUAAAUCUACGGCUGACUCCAAGGAGGAAGAGGAAGGCGAAGAGUAUGAAGAGGAGGAAGAAGAUAUGAAUACUGAUGAACUCGGUGAACCUGAUGACGAAGAGGACGAAGAGGAGGACGAGGUUGGCAAGGCUGUGACAUCUACGGGAGGGAAAGGCUCCAUCAAGUGGAUCAAGGGUGCACUCAUUGGGUCUGGUUCUUUCGGCAGCGUCUAUCUCGCCAUGGAUGCCCGUCAAGGUUUACUGAUGGCUGUCAAACAAGUUGAACUUCCGACUGGUUCGUCUGCAAACGAAGAACGCAAGAAGAACAUGUUGAGCGCUCUCGAACGCGAGAUUGAACUUCUCAAAGACUUGCAACAUCCUAACAUCGUGCAAUACCUUGAUUCUUCAAUGGACGACAAAUACUUGAACAUCUUCCUGGAGUACGUGCCUGGAGGCUCUGUGGUGACUCUUCUCCGGAAUUACGGUGCAUUUGAAGAAGCGCUCGUCAAGAACUGGGUAAAACAAAUCCUUACGGGAUUGGGAUACUUACAUGGUCGUGACAUCAUCCAUCGCGACAUUAAAGGCGCAAACAUUCUGGUCGAUAACAAAGGCGGCAUCAAAAUAUCUGAUUUCGGUAUCUCCAAGAAGGUCGAAGACAACCUUUUGUCAUCCGCUCGUGUUCAUCGCCCUUCACUGCAAGGUUCUGUCUUCUGGAUGGCCCCUGAAGUCGUGAAGCAGACCUCGUAUACGAGCAAAGCAGAUAUCUGGAGUGUGGGGUGUCUGGUCGUGGAGAUGUUGACCGGAGAUCACCCUUGGGCAAAGCUCAACCAAAUGCAAGCAAUAUUUAAGAUCGGCGCUAUGGCUAAGCCGGAAACUCCAGGCGAUAUAUCGACCGAAGCUGAAGACUUCCUGAGGAAGACUUUUGAGCUCGAUUACAAUUUGCGUCCGCCGGCAGCUGAGCUGCUAAAACAUCCCUGGCUCACGAGUGAAUGAUUCCCCAUCGUUUCUAUCCUUCCCUUGUAACAUUUCUGCUGUAUCUCAUUCACGCUCAUUGGCGAUAAAAGUAAUCCACAUCGAUUGAUUCGAUAUUGCUCCCGCAUGAUUUAAUCCACCUGUAUAAUCUGUUGUUGUGCUAUCCCACCAUUGUCUUCAUGCGUCUCAUUGCGCUUGCGUUUGCGUUUGCUGGCUUUCCCUCCAGCCCGGGAGCCAGGGCCCCAAUUUGGAGUAGG